GGGGGCAGGGCGCCUCGCCAGCUGCAGACGCGGGUGGGACCCAGAGGCCCGUCGGGGCUGCGCGGGGGUGUGGAGUGUGGGGUGCCUUAUGAGGGCGAGUUUGCCGGAGGACUCCAAGGGGGGUCCUUCAUAGGCCUGUUUGGGGGCACCCAGUGCGAGGGACCUUAGAGGGGACUGGGCUCCCUGGGAGUAGCUUUGGGGACUCCUAGGGCAAAGCGGCCUUUUGAGGAGGGCUCUAAGGAGGCGCAACUUGGUGGCCUUGGGAGUUCCCGGAGCGGCACUUAGGUGCCAGAUGGGGCAGGCCCUGGGGCUUGCGGGCUUCCUGGGCGUUGAGUUGGGGGGACCUAGGACUUGAGAGGAGUCCCCAGGGGAAUGAGUGGGCGGGCUUUCUCCUUUUUUCUUUGUACCGGAGGAGACUGAAAGGUGGGGCACAUCCCAGCCCUUUUUCUGUAUUUAGAGAUGGGGCCUCACCAAGUUACUGAAACUGGCUUUGAACUUGCAAUCCUCCUGCCUCGGCCUCCCUAGUCGCUGGGAUUCCAGGCGUGGGCCACCGCGCGGCACAGUGGGUGGGCUUGUGUGGGUCCUGGAAAGGCUGGGCAGGGCUGCUUCUGCCCCCUCCCCAAGGCUCUUUGUGGGGUUCACCCAAACACACACACUUGGGGUUCCUACUGUGCCGUGGGAUUACUCCAGAAGGAUCCUCUGGAGCCCUUAUUCCCCUCAGUCAGGCAGCAGCGACGAGGAAAUCUGGAUGCUCCUCCUCAGGUUGUCUGCAGGAGUCCCCAAAAAAGUGUGGGGGUGGGGGGUGGCAGCCACCUCUCUCCCUGGUCACUGCACGACUGGAGAGGUGCCCUGGUGGCCUGGGCCCCCGGAGAGAGGGAUAAGGAGUCCUUCUAGCAUGAGGAAGCAGGGAGGGGGCAGGGCAGCCUGUUUUGGAGUCCUCUUCUUUGGAAGGUUACUGGCCACCCCACAGCACAGGGACCCACCUGGGCCCUGAUUCCAGAAGGAUCUAAGGCUGUGCAGGGGGAGGGGGUGCCCUCUCUGGUCCUCAGGCUUCUGCCUUGUCCCGGGGGACUCGCUAGCAUCCCACCUCCCACCUCCUGGGAGCGCUGUGGCUUGGGAGGUAGGGGCUCUGCAGCAUGAACAUGGCGCCCAGCAGGUGAAGCUGGGGAAAGGACUACAUUGUAUUAAAAGUCUUGUUUACCCGCAUUGCCCAGGGAUUCACAGAAGGCACUGCAUUGUAUUAAAGCGGCUUGUUUGUGUCUUCUCCCAUCCCUGUCCCCAGGGACCAGAACAGCCCAGCUGCCAGACUGCCCGGGGCCACCUGGAAUCCCGACUACCUCUUUAAGUUUCUUAGUGCCCUUGGGCCUCAGCCCCCCCAACUGACAAACGGGGGUCACCUCUGCCUCUCAGGGCUGUUUGGCUCAUCCCUACCCCCCCCCAUGAAGUGCAGAAGUGAGCACAGCCCCUCCCCUCUGGAUUGCGUGACAAAGGCCACACUCACUGUUAUUAUUGAAAUAGGUCCCCCCUUGUCCCAGAGGCAAGAGUGGGACAGUUGGCACCUAGUAACUGUUUGCUGACGUAAUGAGAGUCCAGGGGACCCCCACUUCCUUCCCCUCCCCCCCAUCACCCUACCUGACCUCCCGCCUCCAGCCCCACUCCAGGUCCCUGAGAAUCUGCCAAGGGUUUGGGGGAACAUUCAACCUGUCGGUGAGUUUGGGCAGCUCAGGCAAACCAUCGACCGUUGAGUGGACCCCGAGGCCUGGAACUGCCGUCCUCCUGGGACCCCCACCUUCCAGACCAGAUCCGGGGGAGCCCCCAUCCAGUCAGAGGACACAGGCCACAGCGAAGGUCACAAUCAACAUUCAUCGUUGUCGGUGGGUUGUGAGGACCGAGACCAGACCCACCGGGGGAUGAAUGUCACUGUGGCUGGGCCAUACACAGCCUAAGGGGGACCGGAAAGGGACAGGGCGCUCUGCCUCCAAAACCCUUCAGCCUGCCCAGACCCCGGCCCUCAGGAGGAGGGUCUGAUCUUGAGGGACGAAGACUUGGGGACUAAGCCCUGGGAGCUUGGGCCUUGGGGCUGUGGAGGCCGAGGCCAGGCCACUGAGGCCCAUUUCUGAAGGGGGCAGGCGGGUUCUGUUGGUGGGCGGGGCGCACACCUCCCAGUGGCUGAGUUCCGGGCUCCGGUCUGUACCCUGCCCAGUGUCCCUCCUUAGACCCCUACCUUGUGGUGCCUGGCUCCUGGGAGUCUGCCGGCUGGUAACUCCUGAGCACACCCCACCGGCUGAGACCAGGCCGGCCUCUCCCUUGAUGGGGAGGGGAGAUCUGGAGCAGGCAAGUGGGGGGGGGGUCCCAGCAUUAGCCCACCCUGGCCCCUGCCCUCCCCACCCCAGAGUGCUCUGUCUCUGCUGCAGGCAGGGAGGGAGGAGAGGCUUUGCAGCCUCCAUGAAUAACCCCUCUGGGCAGCGCCAGCCAUUCUAGGGGGUGCUCCAGACACAAAGGGUGUGAAAACCCCCAAGGGAGGGAGGCCAGGGAGGGAGGCCGGAGCUUGGGGGUCAGGCCCUAGCUUCAUUCCGUGAGUGGGGGGGGCAGCCUCCUUCCAGAGAGCGCACGGUGGCCACAUCCUCAAGCUGGGGGCACCUGGCCCGUUCCCCAGCCCCCGGGAAGGAAGGAAGAAAUUACUAAGUUACUGUUACACGGGCCGCUGUCUUCAGGACCGUUCUCAGCCCACCUUCACCACCCACACCAGGGGCGGCCCCCUAGGGAGUGUGGGGGUGGCAACCCUGGAUCCAAUGCCCCCUGCAGCCUGUGUCCAGCCCCCCCAUCCCCUUGGCAGGUACAUUAAGGGGGUGUUGACCAUAGGGAACCUCCCCCAGUCUGCCCCUCCCCUUCACACUCCCUUGGAGGUAAAAGGAGAGAACCCUGCUCAGACUCCUAGGCUCCAGAGAGGAGGGAGGGGCAGCGAGGAAGGGGCAGCCAGAGAGCUUGGGGCUGGGCAGGGAUUUUUGGGUUUUCUCUUUGCCUGGUACACAUUGCCCAGCUAUGGGGACCUUCGACCUGUGGACGGAUUACCUGGGUUUGGCACGUCUGGUUGGGGCUCUGCGUGGGGAAGAGGAACCCAAGGCCAGGCUGGACCCCCAGCCAGAGCCAACACCAGGACCAGAGAGCCAGAAACCUAGCUCACCAGAAUCCUCACCAGCUCCUGAACGCCUGUGCUCCUUCUGCAAACACAACGGCGAGUCCCGGGCCAUCUACCAGUCUCACGUGCUGAAGGACGAGGCAGGCAGGGUGCUGUGCCCCAUACUGCGUGACUACGUGUGUCCCCAGUGUGGUGCCACGCGGGAGCGCGCCCACACCCGACGCUUCUGUCCACUCACCGGCCAGGGCUACACCUCUGUCUACAGUUACACCACCCGAAACUCAGCGGGCAAGAGGCUGGCCCGGCCUGACAAGGCGAGAACCCAGGACGCUGGCCACCGCCGAGGAGGAGGAGCAGCGGGCGCAGCAGCAGCAGCAGGUCCCAAAGGUGCCGGGAAGUCUUCGGGAUCUUCGCCUUCUGCCUGCUGCCCCUCCACUUCUGCCUAGGAGGCUGGCGCGGGGAGGACAGGGGUGCCGCCUUCUCCCGGGGAUGGGGACGGAGGCUCCGUGGAACAGCUGGACUCCAGGGAAGACCUUCUGAGGACCCCCGGCCCCCUCCCCAAACCUAGGCUUGAGGGCUUGGGGGGCAGCGGAGGGAAGUGUUAAAAUGGCUGGUCCUCCGAGCUCCCUCCUCCCGCGGGGACCAGGGGCUCUCUGUUGCACUGUCCCGGGGCUGGGCAGUCGGCGCUCAAUAAAUGUUUGCAAGCGGACGGGACGUCA